AUGUACCUAAGAGGUACUUUGAGAGGGGUGACUGAAGUGCCUGUGACCCCUCCUCCCAUAAUCCGGAGUCUAUCUCGUUAUGUGCAUCUUGUGAAAGCACAGCACAAGCCCUAUGAGAGGCAUGACCCCAGCACACUACAGCACCACUUUGCUGCAAGCCAACUUUCCCCCAUUGAUUCUAGAAUUGUGUCGGAUGUUUGGAAGGCUGUCAUCACAAAACAAGCUGAUGUUGAGUGGAGGUGUGUGCAUGCUCUGGCGACAGCUUGGGAAAUUCAAGCCAUCAAAGAACACAAAAGAUUUCUUCAGAUUGUUCUUGAAGACGAUGGUGACACAUAUGCUAGUGCUGCAUCAGAACCUUGGGGCACCUCACUCCAAGAGCUCUCCAGAGGGAGUGUGGAUGAGCUCGAUGAGCACCUCCACUUUUGCAUGGCUGUAUACAGCCCUGACAUGAUAUUGCUCUCUGUUGGAGACAAACAGCUGAAUGUUGUUGAGGACAUAGCUCGUAUGCACGUUGACAAUUGCAUUGCUGGAGAUCGCUUCCUAGACUUCACUUGUUUGGAUGACUCAGAAGACCAAUGCAGUGGGUGUUCGCCAGUAAAGCACAGGCUGUACCAUAUGAUGCCUUCUGGUUGUUGA